AUGCGUGUACUUCAACGUUUCACUUUGAAAUGGGUUGAUUCAUCGAGUUUGGGAUGCUUUGAAGCUUAUCGCAAUGACCCGUAUUAUGCGUUCUGUAAAAUUUGUUUGGUGAAAAUCUGCGUUGCGCGUGGUGGGAAAUCAAAUCUGAGUUCACAUUUAGUCACCCAACGACACUGUGACGCAAAUGAUCAGUUUUAUACUGCUAUAGAAGUAGAAUGCGCUGAUCAUGCUACACUUCACGCAGCCAUCGUCGCUCAGUUUAAUAGAGACAACAUCGAUUACAAGAACAACUUGAGGGGAUUUGCAUCAGACGGUGCAUCUGUCAUGAUGGGUAGAAGCAACUCAGUCAUGCGACUAUUCAAAAAAGAAUGUCCGGGUAUGAUAUCCAUUAAAUGUACUUGUCAUUCGCUAGCCUUAUGCGCCAGCUAUGCGUGCGAGAAAGUACCAGUUUAUUUGGAACAAUUGAUGCGAGAUAUAUACAACUAUUUAUCAAGCAGCCCAAAACGGGCAAAAGAAUUCCAAAGAAUUCAACAUAUCGUUGACGUCAAACCAUUAAAAAUCCUUCAGCCAAGCGCUACAAGAUGGCUCUCUUUGGAAGCUGUUAUCAAACGAAAUCUUGAGAGAUUUGAUGAGCUCAAUAUGUUUUUCUCUUUCCAAGUAAAGUACGAUCAGAAUUCAACGGCAAUACGCAUUUUGAAUCAUCUCAAUGAUCCCACGACAAAACCGUUGUUGCUUUUCCUUAACUAUGUAUUAUCACUAAUCAAUAAUGUUAAUCGUAUUUUCCAAUCAGUUGAUUCCAAGUUUUUCGAAAUUUACAAUGAAACGAAAACUUUGCUCGCAGUAGUCCUGGGUAAUUUAUGUAGAGAAGAUUACGUAAUGAGGUUUUAUAAGGAAAAUGUUGAUGCAGCAGAUUUUGAAAACUUUAUUAAAUCCCCUGAAGAAAUUUAUGUUGGAGUUGAGGCAAAUCAAGUCGAGAAAUCGAUAGAACAAUACAAGAAGUUGAUAUUUAAAUCUAUUUGUCGUGAUUUUUAUAUUGAGUUGGUGAAACAAAUUUUGAAGCGAUUUGAUUUCACGAAUCCAAUAAUUAAAACUGCUGCUUCACUAAAUCCUCAGACCUUCAUGGAGCUGCCAAACCUGAAUGAAUCGAUGAUACAGUUUCCACGAUUUCUAGAAGGGAUUGACAAACAGGAGUUAGACAACGAAUUCAGGAGACUUAAAAUAAGUGUUACUAAGCUUAAUAUAUUGGAAACAAACAUGACGUGGCCUCAGUUAUUGGAUGUUAAGACACAUUAUCUCCAAAACAGUACGAUUGACAUUUAA